AUGGCUGAGGCAGUACCCCUACCAGAUGCGUCUGCCCCCACAGUAGGCCGAGCCAUUUUCAACGGGUGGAUCUGCCGCUGGGGAGUCCCGGACCAACUCCACUCACACCGAGACUCGUCGCCCGAGAGCAGCGUCGUACACGAGUUGUGUAAGGCUCUGAAAAUUAAGAAAACGCGCACUACCGCGUACCACCCACAAGGCAACGGCCAGGUGGAAAGGACAAAUCGGACGUUGAUCAAUCUGUUGCGAGCACUUGUCGACCGGAACUCAGCACCCACAUGGGAUGAAGCCUUGCCAGCGUGCAUGUUGGCUUACCGAUCCACGGUAAAUGCCAUUACGCAACACAUGCCGUUCUUCCUAACGUGCGGGAGGGAGAAACAACUCCCUGAGGAUCUCCACAUACCCCCUACACAUCCGGUUGAGAACUUCGACACGUACGCCUCGAGGAUGCGGAAAACUCUGCGCAUAGCAUCGGAGGAAGCGCGACUGCACCUCCAGGAAGAUCAGCGCCGUAGGAAGGCAUUCUAUGAUCGCCUAGCACACGGGACCCCCUAUCAAGAGGAAGAUGUCGUGUGGAUGCGGAAUUUCGCCCCGUCGCCGAGUGUACCUCAGAAAUUUAAUCCAGCAUGGAUAGGCCCGCGUGCGGUCAGAAUGGUCCUCUCCGACACGAUUUGCGUCGAUCUCAGCCAGGACAGAACGUACUCGAAAGAAUUUACGGUUCACUUCAAUCGCUUAAAGCCAGGUCCAUCGAUAGAGGAGGACACAGACCGUGCCGACUCGGGGGCCAGUCCGUCCCACGAAUACAACGACCAACUAGUCGAACAGUAUUUAGAGGUCCCCCCAGAAGGCAGUUGCGCUUCGGCUGAGGUAUUCAGAGAUGGACACUCGAUAGCGAAGACUGUCGAAGUGCCCUCAGAUGGUGGACCCGCCAUCGCACUAGAUGAUUCUGCUGAGGACAGCAGACCCUGUUUGCAAGGGGGAGCAAUGUAG